AUGGACUUACUCAUCUUAUUACUCUUGGCUCUGCUCCUUCUAGCCUCUCCGGUGGCUCUGGUCAAGUCUUCUCCCUCCGUUCCUGCCAUCUUCAUCUUUGGAGACUCCAUUUUUGACGCCGGAAACAAUCAUUUCAACAAAAACUGUACCGCUCAGGCUGAUUUUCCUCCUUAUGGUUCUUCCUUUUUCCACCGCCCUACCGGAAGGUUCACCAAUGGAAGAACCGUCGCUGACUUCAUAUCGCAGUUUCUAGGCCUUCCAUUACAGAAACCUUUCUUGGAACUGCAGAUUCAAUUCUUGAACGGAACUUUAAAACGAUUCCCUUCGAAUGGGAUUAACUUUGCCAGUGCUGGUAGUGGAUUCUUGCUUGAUACCAACAAAUUCAUGGGCGUGACACCGAUCCAAACUCAGCUACAGCAAUUCCAGACACUUGUAGAUCAAAACCAUAUCGAAAAACCUGUAAUCCAAGAAUCUAUCUUCUUACUGGAGUCUGGUUCCAACGACAUCUUCAAUUACUUUCUUCCAUUCCAUACUCCUACACUCUCUCCAGACGCCUAUGUGGACUCAAUGUUAGACCAAGUGAACAAAACCAUUAAUCAAAUCUAUCAACUAGGUGCUAGACGCAUCGCCAUCUUCUCUUUAGGUCCAGUGGGAUGUGUCCCUGCAAGAGCCCUGCUUCCUAAUGCCCCAACCAAUAAAUGCUUCGGAAAGAUGAAUGUUAUGGCCAAGAAAUAUAACAGAAGACUUGAAGAUAUAGUGAACUCAAUUCCCACUAAGUACCCUGGAGCCAUCGCGGUGUUUGGAGCUAUGUAUAGUAUCACUCACAGAUUCCAAACUUACCCUGCUCGUUACGGGUUUUCGGAUGUGACGAAUGCUUGUUGUGGUGAUGGGACACUGGGAGGAUUGAUGCAGUGUGGAAGAGAAGGGUACAAGAUUUGCAGUAACCCAAAUGAGUUUAUGUUUUGGGAUUUUUAUCAUCCGACAGAACGCACUUACCAUCUCAUGUCAAAAGCUUUGUGGAAUGGAAACAAAAACCAGAUCAGACCGUUCAAUCUCAUGGCUCUUGCAACAAACAUCACAUUUUAA